UUGACGGCUCCAGUUUUGACGCGGGUUAUUAUUUGUGUAAAGAAGAAAAACACAGGAGAAUUUUAAGGAGACUGAAGGAAGAGGUGGGAGAAAGAAAAAAGCCUUGGAGAAAAGCAGACGGAAGAUAUUGCAUUUGCAGUUUGAGAAACCGGCAGUGAUCGAGUCACCAUGACGACAGAACUGCAGGAGAUUGCCAUCACGGAGGAGAAGCCUUUACUUCCAGGCCAGCUGGAUCCGACAAAGGAAGCUGAAAUCGCUGCUCGGAUUUUGCUCGAUCAUGGACAGGAGCACAGCAUUGAGACUCCCUAUGGCCUGGUCCACGUGACCAUCCACGGCUCCCCAAAAACCCGCCGCCCCGCCAUCGUAACCUACCACGACGUGGGACUGAACCAUAAGAGCUGCUUCGGCCCGCUGUUCAGAUUCGAGGACAUGCAGGAGAUCACCAAGAACUUCGUGGUGUGCCACAUCGAUGCCCCGGGACAGGAGGAGGGGGCGGCAGCCUUCCCAGUCGGAUAUCAGUACCCGUCUAUGGAUCAGCUGGCUGAGAUGGUCCCAUGCAUUCUGCAGUACUUCAAUUUCCGCAGUAUAAUCGGAGUGGGCGUGGGAGCAGGAGCCUACAUACUGUCCAGAUACACACUCACCUUCCCUGACUCUGUGGAGGGUUUGGUUCUCAUCAAUGUAGAUGUCAGUGCCAAGGGCUGGAUGGACUGGGCAGCUGAGAAGUUGACCACUUUAACCUCCUCACUGACCGAGAAGAUCCUUGGCCAUCUUUUCAGCCAGGAUGAGCUGUACGCCGGCACUGAACUGGUGCAGACCUACAAGGAGAACAUCUCCCAGGCUCCCAACCUCUACAAUAUCGAGCUGUUCUGGAAGAGCUACAACAGCCGCAGAGAUCUGAACAUCGACCGAGGAAGCACUCUGAAGUCUCCAGUCAUGUUGGUGGUUGGAGAUCAAGCCCCUUAUGAAGAUGCUGUGGUGGAGUGCAAUUCUAAGAUGGAUCCCACACAGACCUCCUUCCUCAAGAUGGCCGACUCCGGUGGACUCCCUCAGCUCACCCAGCCCAGCAAACUGACUGAAGCCUUCAAGUACUUUGUGCAGGGGAUGGGUUACAUGCCUUCAGCCUGCAUGACACGACUGUCCCGUUCGCGCACCGCCUCUCUCUCCAGCUCCUACUCCAUCGACGGGACCCGUUCUCGCUCCCGCACCCUGUCCCAGGGCAGCGACCCGGACCAGACAGCCGCGACACUCCCCCAAACCAUGGAGGUGUCCUGUUAGAGGAGCCGAGGAACCGCAGCACUCCGACCAGCCAGCCAUCCAGCCAGCUGUCUCCUCCUCUGCCAUCAAGGGCUGCCUUCACGCAGAGGAGGGAGACUGCAGAUCUACACCGCUGCUCCAGAGGCAUUUCGAUAUGGUGGUUCAUUGAGCACAUGGAGAGGGGGGAGGGGGGAGGAGGGAGGAGGGAGGGAGGAUAAAGUACCCAGAGAUCACAAGACAACUUAUCUUUUUGACUGUGUUUUUCUUCCAUGCUCUCAAGUAGCCACCGUAUUUUAAAGACAAGCGUGAAAUGUGAAAUGCUGUGUGUUACUGUUUUUAGUUUCCUUUGUUCUCACUGUGUUUGUGAUUUUUACAGUUGAUCUGGAUAAUUGUUGGUGCUGCGCUAUAGUGGAUGCACGGGCAGGCAAAUACACAACAUUACAAGUGAAGCCAGCAGUGCAAGAAAUUAUCUAAAGCUUUUUCUGUGUUUGCAAUAAAAUCGAUUUGAUACCUGGAAAUGUGAAACAUCAGUUUAAUACCAAGCAGGUCACCCAGAAGGCAACUCGAGACAUCACUGUCAGACAAUGAGCUUUCCUUUGGAUAGAAAUUCCUGUUGGGAUUUUUAUCCCAGCAUAUUGCCCUGAAGAAAGCCUAACUAGCGGAACCAUUUGCAGACUACAAUGGAUUUGGAUCACGUAUAGUAUACAGUAAUGGUCCUGCUAGGGUAGCAUCAUGCUACAACAGGACUGCACUGCAGUGAAUUACCAGCACUGUGUAAUGGUUUAUACAAUCAAUCCCAUUUCUAAAUAAUGACAGUGUUAGCAAGCUACAAAUUUUCCCUUGUGAUACAAUUGCCCCUUAAACAGUACAAAUGCAUUAGCAUUGUAGUUCCACUGUCUGUGUGCGUGUCUGUCUGCAUUGGCAUUGACUAUCGUGUCAGAUUCUUAGUAGGAAAUCAAAUGGUGGAGUUAGACUAUAACGUGACACUGACUAUUAAGGAAAACGUGAAAGAAAUAUCGGAAAACAUCACAAAUGAUUAUCCAGGUUGGACGGUAAAUAUUUCACAAAGCUUAAAAAAAGAAUACUGUAAAAUGUAAUUUUUGUGCUCUUUUGAUCAAACCCAAACAAUUUUAUUUUGCGUGAUAAAAGGAUGAAUAUCUUGUUUUUAAUCAAAUAGAAAUGUGACACUUCUUUUUUUCUUUAGGGAGGGUCGGGGUGGUGGGAUGGGUUUCCCUUUUCUCUUUUAAAUGCAUGGCUUUUUUCACAAAUUGAAUAAUAAUAAUAAAUGGUAAAUGGAGCAUAGAUGUAGGGUUUGAAUUGUAUUCAACACAUUAAGGAGAAAUCAGCUAGCGCUUCCAUUAUAUUUUAAGUAUUAUUGUUAUUAUAGUAGGGAUCCUAUUGUUAACCUUGUACCAUUUUUAUACCUGCCGUUACUUAGUGUUCUCCCCAUGGUUAGACUGAUGUGUCUGUGUAUAUUUAAGACCUGAGAUCCAUUUGUAAAAGAUCAUGGGAAUCCUAUAGUGAUAAGUUGCUAGAUACGCUCUGUAGCUGUGUUGUGGUAGCACUGUGGGGACAGACCGCUUUACUGUUCUACAGUAACUCUGCUCUGAGCUUCUGUUAUACUUCUUGGGGUUUCGGUACCAUUCCUCUCUAUGUAACUGCUCUUGCGUUAUAUAGGGCUUACAUGUGUAUCUAUCUCCUGGUCCCUUCACACAAGAUGGAUCUCUGCAGGGCUGUGCAGCAUCAAUAUCUUCAGAUCUAACCAUGCCUGCCAGGGGAGAACACUGAGGUAUGGGAGUGAGAGACUGUCCUGUGCCCUACUGUGCUGUACUGUGCCGUACCAUGCUGUCUUUAUAUAUAAACCCCACUUGUGUUUGAGGUCUGUAGAUCAAACGUGGCCAGGGGCAGCCAGCAAAUUUUGGAAGCAGUGUCGAAAAGAUCUGGUUUAAAUUCAAGAAGAAAGAUUAGUCAGGAUUAGUUACAAGAAAUUCUCAGAGGCUGCAAUUACAGAAAAAAAAAACAAAAUUAUUUUGCACACAUCUUAAGGUCUGGGGAGUGAUUAUUUUAUGAUCUUUUCACUUAAGUGACCUUAUUAAAUAUUUUUGAUCACUGCUAGAAGUUGUUUUAACUGCACAAAGAGUACAUUGUACCAAAAUAUUUUGAGUUUUAAACAUUAGCCAAACCUCAAAAAGUGCAGAGAAACACUCCCUCGCCUCCUGAGAGAAAGGUUGGUCCCUCCAGGGCCGACUUGAACCAUGGUGACAGAACUGCCUGUUCGCUCACCACUAAGCCCUGGGAACACGGAGCCACAUUGUGGCUUGGAACUUGGUUUCAGGCCCCUGCAUGGCACGUCAGGGGAGAGUUGGGGUUUGGUACCAGACUUCAAACCACUUCCUGAAAUGGCUGUGUGUUCCCUCAUCUUAAGAAAAGGGGCGUUCUCUCCAGUCUAGGGCAGGCUUGUGCUAAAACUGCACCAUGGUUUCAUAAACACAAACAGUUAAAAAAAAAAAAAAAGAAAGAAUUGCAUUUCUAAACUCAAAACCAAAUGUUAGAGCCAAAACUAAAGACAAUCCUUUAAAAAAAAAAAAAAAAGAAAGAAAAUUGUAACAGGGAUCAUCAGCAUGCCUUCCAAAAUGUGUUGUGCCACUUGGAGUAAAAAAAAAAAAAAAAAGCAGAAUAUGUCUCCUCCUCCUGUCCCUCUUCUGCUAUACCUGAUGUGAAGGAGGGUUAGUGGAGUGAGUGAAGGGCUUUCUGCACCUCUCCUUUUUCUUUCUCCAGUGUCGGGCUGUGUAAGAUUGCUCCGAGUGUCUGCGGAAGAUUUAUCUUUCUUUUUCUCUAGAAGUAAAGCAAAGGGAGUUUCAUUUUUAGCUUCAUCUGCUAGUUACUUGCCUCAUCCCUUUUAGCUGGAGAGCUACUGGGCAAAUUAACUUUGUUGCAGCUUGAGAAUAGCAUAGGGGAUAACAUACAACACAGAACACCAUUCUGUUUUGAUAAUAACAUAUUAAUAUUGAUCACCGCGUUUCAGUACCAGGUAAGACCCAUUAACUGGAUGGCCAGUAACCUAUGAGACCGGCACGUUCAGUCAUGUAUACAUUUGCUAUAUAGACUUAUUUUUGUUUUGGGAUGUUCCUGUUUUUCACUAGGGCAGGCUUGAGGCAUACAAACUGGACUACCCUCCAAGAAAGAAAGCAGUCUCUCUCCAGUCUGGGACAGAUUUAAGGCAGGGAGCCUGCACAAUCUUCAGGCAUCACAAAUGAAAAUAACACUGAUUAAAAGGGCUUUUUUUGCCCCCUUUGCUUUAGUGGUGGUUUGAAACUGUUCUGGUUGAGCCUUCUUGUUGGGAAUGCACCCGUGAAGAACCGAUCGGUAUUCUAGCAGAGAGAUGUGGGCUGUAUGAAGGUUCAUAAUGGGUUAGGGUUUAUAUCAGCAGAGGUGUCCUGAAUCUGAAGGCACUGGGACGCCACGAAAAUAUGGAUUUCCUUAAACAAGAAUUAUUAUACAAAUUCAGAUUUUACCUGUCAGUGUGUCAACGGCUUCGUCUGUGUGUCCACGUCAGUGGAUGCACUGUUGCUGUCGUCUUUGUCAGCAUUUUUAGCUUUCGUAAAGAAGUAGUUACUAAUGCUCUUUUCAUUCAAGAGGACUACUGACUGAAUCAGACAGUUGUGCAGGAGAUGCGAGUCAUGUGACUUAGCUUGCCUAUAAAGAGAGUUCCGACUCAACUACACCAGGGGUCCUCAAACGUUUUGGACCGCACCCCCUUGCUCUUGUGUAUAGUACUCGACGCCCCCCCCCCCCCCCUCCACACACGGAUGUAUACUGGUAAAAAAUUUGACAUGCCACUGGUUUCUCUAAAUUUUAUAAUUUUUUUGCAUGAACCAGCCACCAAUCCAUCGUAAUAUGAGCAGACGUACCACUGCAGUAACAGUUUACUGAUUGUGACCAAUGCUUGCUAAUGUGCACACCGCUUAGCUGAUAAACAACAUCACCAGAUAGCAGCAGACUUUAUCCAAUAAUAUGCAAGCUUCAAUAAAAGGCACCAGUCAGAUGCACAGUGCCAUCUAGAGACUGACAUGCCAGGAGGUGUCGGCAGUAAGGUUUGCUUCAAGUUAACAUAUAUCGGUGUGCGUGGUAAUUAAAAAAUCCUAUAUUUCUUUUUACAGAUAGUUAGAAACAUGCCAAUUAAGACCCCAUUGUAUUACCACGAGGAUUUGCGGAUCUCCACCAAAGGCUACUUCCCAAUGGAUUUGAAAAACAGUACAGUCAUGGUGCUGAUACAGUAGCAAAUUGUCUAGUACUAAUAGAAUGCAGUAGCGGUGGAAUAGAUUACCCUGAGUUGUGAUUGGCAUCACGUCAUACUACCAGUGGAAGCUUUGUCUCAUUGUACGUCUGCUACCUUAAUAUUGAACCAGGUCAUUGGCAUUGCAGGACCACUGUCUUCAGUGUCAUUGAUGUAGUUUUAUAAUGAUUUUGAAUGCAAAAAGUUGGAUUUGUAACAUGAAGAUGUAGCUGGGAUAUCAAACUGAGGACCAUCAUGUAUUCUGUUUUUUUUUUUUCCACAAGUCCCUUUUCGUGUUUCAUUUAAUUCAGUUGGCAUGCUCAGAACGAUUCGUAAGCUGAGGGAACACGGAGCCACUUUGUGGCUUGGAACUUGGUUUCAGGAGUCUGGGUUUCAGGGGAGACUUGGGGUUUGAUAGAGCAACCUCAGACUAGGUCUCCCGAUCUCCUAGAUCCAGGUUUCAAGCCGCUUUUCCUGAAAAAGUGUCUUUGUGCUUCCUCAGCUUUAAUUAAACAUGGCAAUUGUGAUGUUGUACUGUGUGGGGAAACCAUUUCACCCAAACAUAUUUUCAAAAAAAUAGUCGCAAGUUUUCUUGGUAUAAUUGCUGCUGUGUGAAGCUGAUAAGACUCUGUUUAAAAUAUGCUUUGACUCUGGAGUAGAGAGACCUGAUAGAUGAGACCCAGAUAAAGACAAGGUAGAGAAAAUGUUAUAGCAGGGAAUUAACAACAGAAUGCUACUCAAACCAUCACAUUGCAACCUAUUUUAACGUUUGCCAUCUGACAUCACAAUGGCUUGGUGCCCAUCUUUCUUUUACCAUAUAACUGAUUUAUAUUACCUAAAUUGUUUUAACUUUCAGAAUCAAAGGAGGGCGGUCCUUUUUGUAUCUUUUGUAUGUGUUUCUCUUGUAGCAGAAUGGGGUUCACUAAUAAAUUGAUGUUUUAGCA